AUGGAGGAGCAAGAAAACCCCAGACCACAGGUCGAUCCCCUCGACAAGGAAAUCGCUUCAUUAAAAAAGAGAGUCGCCGCCAUGCAGAAACGCCUCCAAAUCGAAUGCUGCACCAUUCUCUCCUCCACGCCGAUCCAAAACAUGAUCCAAGAAACCUCCUUCUCCACCACCAGCAACACCACCUCGUCGCUGUUCAAAUCGGCGCAGACCCCCGACGCCGCCGCCGCCUCCCUCCAGAAGCGCUCCGCCCAGCAGGCCGCCUACAUGCAGCAGUGCGCCUACCGCAUCGCCACGCCCGUCACCGCCUUCAAGAUCCGCGACCCGGAUCCGCACGCCGUCGACGCCGGCCACGUCCUCGGCCUGCGCUUCGAGGUCAUGUCCCAGGGCCACUUCCUGCGGCCGUACUACGUCAUGCUCAACCGGCCCUGGCCCGCGUCCCCCGCGCACCUGCGCGUCCACCGCCACACCGUGCCGCCCGCCGUCCCCGUCGGCGGCCUCGCCACCCGCUACCUGCCCCCGCCGCGCGCCGCCGACGCCGCGCAGGCGCAGACGGCCCAGGACCUCGAUCGCUUCGCGCGCGCCCUGCGCCGCGAGAUUAUGCGCUUCCACAACCGCCUCGGCCUCACGGCGGACCUGCGAAAGACGCUCGGCUUGCAGCGCAAGGGUCGCGCGGAAGAGACGCUGACGGACAGGCACGUGGUCGAGGCCGGCAUUGCGGAUGUGGAAGCCAAGCACGUCAAGCUCGCCUGGGCCGAUGGGCGGAGUGGACGCAUCUUGAUGGACCAGGAUGGCAAGGUGGAAAAGUUUGUCGUGUUUGGGCCAGAGGGACGGGAUUGGCGGAUGACGCGGUUGGUUUUUGACACGGGGGAUGGCGUGGAUGACAUUGCGAGGAAACUGCGGCGAUAUGCCGGGACUUGA